AUGAACUUCCUAGAAAAUAUUACACUCCAGCGUUCUGGUCGUACUCGCACAAAAUCAGACUCUCAAAGCAAUGUAAGUCAAUAUGAUAACGAAUUACUAACUCAAACAAUGGACGACACGGCCACUAGUGUCCCAGAUAUGAGUAAGGAUGACUCGUAUGAUCAAGAAUUAAUAGCAAAGUUAAAGAAACAAGUAGAGAAAUUGACUCUUCAAUUAAGUAGUGCUGAGGAAGAAAUAUCUACAUUAGAUAAUCUUACAUUAGAAAACAACAAUUUAAAACAGUCAAACGAGGAGCUUCAAAAGAUUAAUAUACUUUACAAAAAAAAAUUACCAACAGCCCUGCAAAAAAAUCUAAGAAAAAACUAUCUGCCCCCAAAAAAAUUCACAAAGCAAACAAACACAAACCGUGCAACUAAAUAUUACCAAAAAAAGAUGAAUGAUAAGGGUUCGCAAACAACUGUUUUGGUUUCUGAGACAGUAGAACAGAAAAAACCUGUGGUGAAAACAGGAAUACCUCACUCUGAAAAACAGUACCUGAGAAGAAUAAAAAAUAGUAAGUUAUGUAUUAUUAGUGAAAAUAAAUAUAAUAAAAUACGCAAAAUUGCAGAAGGUAAGCUUCAAAACUCAGAAAUAUGUCACUACCUAAUGCCAUACGCUGGAAUAAAUAAUAUGAUACGUGACUUGAAACCCAAGCUAAAAAAAAUUACUUUAGAUGACUACUGUAUCAUUUUGAUUGGAGAGACAGAUUUCAAAACAACCAAGGAGUAUUCAAACAUAAGAAAAGUGCUAAAUAAUAUUCAACAUACUAAUGUUAUACUUUGCAUGCCCACGUACAAAAUAUGUGCAAGUAAUGUAACAAUGUAUAAUAGGAGUGUAGAACAUUUUAAUCAUCUCCUUUACCAAGACAUAUUAGCCCACGAACAUGCUUUUUUUGUUGACACAAACAAAAACCUUACAUGGGAUUACAAAAUGUACAAAAAAUACCGGAACAGUAAAUAA